AUGCUAUCUCGCGGCGCAAGCGAUGCCAGCACACGCCUGAGACGAGCGAAGUCAUCUGCAUCAGUAAAUGGACGACGGCAUGCGCCCUUCGUCAGGGAUACCAUUGAUCCAGAAAUAGCUCGUCAGCAUGCUAUGACUGCAGCUAAUAUUGCAAUGGAUAGAGCCAACGAACGAGCUUCAGCAGAAGCGAGGCGGUCAGCAGAAUUAUCCAGGAAUCAAAGUAACGCCAGCAGGACUGCGACAGGAGCUACGCCUCGAUCUUCAAACGUUCGCUUCUGUGGCGGCGUCCCACUACGCUCACAGCGAUCUACGUUACAGUCGCAAGCUCCUUCCACCGCAUCAUCAGUGUACAUGCCACAUAGUAACUCGCAUUCAAAAACUUCAAAGGCUGGAAACGGGCCUCCUCUUAACGAGUUUGGUGUUGUAGAUGGUUACGGCUCCACACCUUCAUCCUAUCGCAGACUCCGGAAGACGAAAUCAAUGUUGACGCCCCGGAAAUGUGGUCCCGGCGUCAAGGAAUUGUCAUCUCAAAGUCCUGGCACACCUCGGACUGUUAAGAGUGCCAGCAGCGACCACAACAAUGGACUCCGGUUAGGUCUGAAGCGUUCAAUGUCUUUCCUUAAAUUGAGUUCGGGGAACCUUUCGAAAACAUUUAAGCGCUCACACAGUACUUCGGAGCAGAAUGACGCGGCUGUUGAACGGGCCAGGGACCAAUUUAUGCAAGAUGUCGAGCAGCAAGAGUUGCGGAAAAAGUCGUCUUUCCUCUCCACACCCCGAGUCAGACAGCAAAAAGCCUUCCGAAAGACUGUCCGCUCAAACAGAACCAGUGAAUGUGGGGAUGGCGUCAAUCCUGGACCUCGGGAGAUGAAGCAGGAGUCCAAGAUCAGAUCUUUCUCAGCCUCACUCAGAGAUAGAGUCAGACGAGUCCUCGGGGGGUCAUCAAGCAAAGAUAACAAAAUCCCCACCCAGCAAUUGGAUGCCAGUCGUGCUCACUUCAGGGACUACUUGGACGGCACUGACACGAACGCGAGUCAGGAAGAAAAUACUGCAGACACCUCACAAUCUGCUCCUCGUCGCAGUCUUUACGUUCCCUCCCCACAACAUGAUGGAGCGAUGGGAGACCUUGAAGCCAUAUCAGCAAGUCUCAGGUCUAUGCAUAGCAAUGAUAGCCUACACUCGAAUGGUCGCUCUCGGGUAACCAGUUGGACCAAUUCUACUAUGACCAAUUCUAUGCCUGCCCGGAGCACGCCCGUCGAGAGAAAACGUCUUUCGAUCAUACAAGAACAUGGGGGACCUCACCAGCCUUCUUCGUCAAUUGGACGACACAUGGACGAGGUCUCUGCUACUCAUCUUCAACUUAGCGCUCGUAAUGGCAAUGAACAAGCCACAGGUGCCAUCGAUAGCCAGCGUGUCUACUCUGCGUUGAUGAGGAGAAUUGAUCAGGAGCAAGAAGAGCAACACCAAGCCAAGACCCCCAAGCCAAAACCUGAACACGAUAUCCGACAGAGUUAUACAUCCAGUGCCCAAAGCUUUCAGACUGCGCCUACCAUUCGCCAAGUAGCCAGUGAGGAGUCAAUCCACGCAGCCCCGCUAGGCGAACAGCAUCGCCAAUUCAGCCUACAUGCACCAUCAUGGCAUGAGAUUGAGUCAAAAACCCCCCAGCAGAUUGCCCUAGAGAAUGAGACCUUGCAUAAACGAAUGUCUCGUAUCGUCGUCCCAGAACCACAGUCCUCAUUUUUCCCAUUCUCCAGCGAGGACAAACCGCAGACGCCCAGUCCCUUCAAGUUGGCUUUAGCUGCGCGUCGCGAACGGCAGACCAGUUCCGAAGAAGAGAGUGGUAGUGUGGUCAUAACUCGGCCAAGCGUAGGCGAUAAUGGUUUUGAAACCAGCUCAGAAAGCCAGUAUUCUCGCACCACAAGUGGCCAGCUACUAAUGCCUACCAUGAACCGGUCGGAUCCGGAGUUGGAAGACGAGCCAACAGGCAUGGCGACCAUUAUACCGACACGAGUGAACCGCUGUCCACAUCCAACCACGUCGAACGCUAGCAUGGACAGGAUGAAUAACCAGAUGACAAGUCUCAAUCGGCGCGACUCUAAAUCCAGUAACUCACACUACCGCGAAGGCGCACAAAUGGAUGGAGAUGACACGGCGGUUGGUGGGAGACUCGGCUCUUCAGCAGUGCUUGGUCGUCGAGCUUCUACCCGUACAGUCAAAGAAAACGAGAUCCCGACCCAUGAGCGCAGACCAUCGCUUAUGGGUGACCGCUUUCCACUCCUAGAGCUGAAAGAAGUGCCCAGGAACAGUAUAUCACAAGCAAGAAGGUCAUCCAGUGUUACAAGAUUAGCGAGUUCCGCAGCGGCAGAUGUCAAGAGAGCGAGCUUGGCAGCUAUUGGUGUCAACGACGAGAACACGAGAUUACAAUCUGCAGACACAACCAAAGGUUUACAUCCCUUACGGGCGAAAUACUCGCAGGUCUCGUUCAAGACUGCCGAGGAGCCUCUCAGCACGCCGGGACGGGCACAACCUCUUUAUCAGCAGCAGUAUCGUGACAGGCACUUAGGCAGACCUCAGAGCUCGAUCACAAUCCGGAGUCAAUAUGGCAGAAUCACCGAGACAUCGGGAGAUGGAGAUGAAAAUGCCGAGAUGCAUGGCCCAAGGCCGACGUCGAGAUUGAGUCGGCCUUCUGAGGAUCACUGUUACAACGAGGGUGUUGAUGGCUGUAUUCGCGAUGCUAGCACUGGUGCGGAUGGGGCGACGGUCUCACGUGCCCCUUCGCGCUAUCUAGCUAUUCGCAACGAGUAUCACGCAGACACUGCACUGCCGAGGAUUGGAGGUUCGGCGAGCAAGAGAAGGGACCAUAAACUCGGGUUUGGAGUGCCGGUCAGCGGCAGCAGGAGAAUGGUUAGCAACUUUUUGCGGAGUCGCAGGAGGAACAAUAAUGCUGCUGCUGCUGCUAGAAGAUCGGACCCAAAUGAGGUUGAGGAAGAUGAUGGUGGUCAGGCUUUUGUUUGA